UCCUUGUUGUUUUAAAAUUUUGAAUAUGCAGACACUUGUCGUUUUGGUAUCAAUGAUCCUGACUACGUCUUAUGGAUACCAAAUCGUAUCUCAGAAUAAGGAGACCGACAAAGCCAAGGAGGUACCCAAAUGCCAAGAAACUGGAACAUGUCAGCAGUAUCAAUCCAGUCAUGCAGUGGAUGGAGACAUUAACACGUGUACAAGGACAGCACCUUUUGGAACUACAACUUCAGAUAAAUGGACAUGGUGGUAUGUUGACCUUGAGAAAGUACUCAGCAUCUACAGCAUCAGAAUACAGUUCAAGGACAAUGGAGAACAAUAUGUUAUGAGACAAAGAGGACGUUUUGCUGGGUUUUCACUCUAUGUGUCAAACACAACUAUAAAGGAGGAUGGGUAUCUGUGUUACAAGAACGGACAGGAGUUACCGACCUUGGAUUUCAGUACAGCUUGUGUUAAACAUGCACGUUACGUUAUAUUCUACAAUGAAAGACUUGACGGAACAACUUAUCCUACCGAAUAUGAAACAGCUAUAGUUUACACUGAAUUAUGUGAAGUAACCGUAACAGGUUGUAAAGAUCCCGGUGUGUAUGGAUAUAACUGUGAUCUACCCUGUCCAAACAACUGUCAGGAAUUGAGAUGUGAUAUUGUCAACGGAACGUGUUUGGGUUGUACUGCAGGAUGGGUGGGAGAUUUUUGUAACAAAUCAUGUCCAGCUGGAUAUUACGGUCUACAGUGUAGAUCUACGUGUAAUGGACACUGCAGAGACAACCUGUCCUGUAAUCACACCACUGGACAAUGUGACUAUGGAUGUGACAACGGAUGGACAGGAAUGCAUUGCAACACACAGUGUCCUGCAGAAUCAUACGGUCCGGAUUGUGUGCAUAACUGUAGUGGACAGUGUCUGAGUUACCUCCCCUGUAACAGGGCAACAGGAAGAUGUGACAGAGGUUGUAAUCCAGGAUAUACGGGGGAACUCUGUGACAAAGCAUGCCCAACUGGAUAUUACGGUUUACAGUGUAGAUCUACGUGUACUGGACACUGUAGAGACAACGUGUCCUGUAAUCACAUCACUGGACAAUGUGACUGUGGAUGUGGUAAUGGAUGGACAGGAACAAAAUGCAGUACACCAUGUGACAAUGGAACAUAUGGACUCAAUUGCUCCCAGAAUUGUUCUGAGAACUGCCUCGACAUUUGUGAUUCUGUUGACGGAUCCUGCAUAUGUUCCUCUGGGUGGACGGGGUCCCCUAACUGUAGUGAAAGAGUGAAAAAUGAACGAAUCGGACGAGUAUUUGGACCCGUCCAGGUUAAGGAUGAAAUUCAAAUAACUCCACCAUGCCAGGCAAUCAAACAAAAACGUUCUAUGUUAAUUCUUCUCCGUUAUCAGACGUUUGAGAGAAUAUGUUUAUUAUCCGAAUUUUCGGGGUCAGGAGGUUCUGCUGCACAUUCCGAUACGACAGAUUCUGACGCUGUAACAGGAGCCGUGGGAGGGACGGUAGGAGCCGUAGGUCUUACUGCUGUACUCAUCACUGGCAUACUAUUUAUACGAUGGAGAAGAAAGAAGGAGAGAAAGCAUGAUGAUACGGAGACGGUAACAUUUUCUUCUGUCCCAGAAACGUUAACAAUAGGUGAUCAAAGACAUGAAGAUAUGGAAAUGAGUGGAAUCGGAAAUCCUGGCUUAGAAUUAAAAACUAACGGGGAAAUGUUAAUGACGAAUACUAAAAUAGACAUAUCUGUCGCAGAUUUAGAUACAGCAAUAUUCGUCUUGUCUGAAAAUCAGAAUACCAAGUUCAAAGAAGAAUAUAUGACAAUUCCUAGAGGAGAACUACACCCAUGUAAUGAAGGAAAGAAACAGGAAAAUGUUGCCAAAAAUCGGUACACCACGAUUUUCCCGUAUGACCAUUCACGUGUUGUUCUGGAAACAUCACCAAAAGAGUCAGACUACAUUAACGCGAAUUAUAUUGAGGAUGUGCAAGGAAAGAAAUCGUAUAUUGCAGCGCAAGGACCAAAAUCAAAGACAAUUGUUGAUUUCUGGAAAAUGGUGUGGCAAGAAGACAUUAGUGUAAUUGUUUGUCUGACGAAUCUCAAAGAGGGAAAUAAGAACAAAUGUGCCCAAUACUGGCCAAAUUCCAGUGACAAGAUAAAGAAAGGCAACAUCAGCAUACGAAACCAGAAAGAAAACGUAUACGCGGACUACGUCAUCAGAAACUUCCGCUUGCAAAACAGCGCCGAUAAAGUUGAGCGUGACGUGUGUAUGUUCCACUACACGCAGUCGCCAGACCACGGUGUCCCAGAACCGCUGGCUCUCGUGGUAUUCCAUCGACACGUUCUGAAAACUUCUGUCGAACAUCCAGGGAAGUACACUCUUGUCCACUGCAGCGCAGGGAUUGGUAGGACAGGGACGUACAUAGCAUUGGACGCGCUUAAUAAGGGAGGGGAGAUAACCGGGAAAGUUAAUAUCCGGCAGUAUGUAGAAACCAUGAGAAACAGCCGUGCUAACAUGAUCCAGGGCGACGAGCAAUACAGAGUUGUCUACUUGGCAUUACCUGAAUCAUUCCGAGGAAAAGGAAGGUCUGUAUCAACGAGGACAUUUCUACGAGAAUUCCAGGAUCAUUCCUGUUAUAUCAAUCUCGGAGAAGUAGCCAAUAAAUCACCACUUUCUGCUGAAUUUCAGGACCUGUUGUCCGGAAGACGAGAAUACACACAAGAGGACUACAAAACAGGGCGGCAAAACGUAUCAGCCAAUUACACACCCAGUGUUCUGCCUGUUGAAAGUUACAUGUGUCCAUUGUCAAACACUAAAGGGAAAAACACCCACUACAACGCAGUUUCUUUACAGUCGUUCACAAGAAAUGAUAAUUUCAUCAGUGCUCAAUAUCCUCUCCCAGAUUACACAGAUGACUUCCUGAGACUUGUGAAGGCUUAUUAUGCACCUACAAUUGUAUCCCUGAGCCCGUUGGUGGAAAUCGAAUCGUCUUCACUUUGGCUUCCUGCUAAAAAUGAAAGCAAAACGGUUGGAGUAUUCACGACUAAAAUGACAGAUUGUACACAAACAACCACAGUCACCAAGACUAGCAUUACUCUGCACCAAAAGGGAGCUAGCAGUAUGAGCGUUUGCGUACUGGAAUGUAGAAGAUGGAAAGCAGAAAGCGACUCCUCAAACCGGAGAGUUUUACUUGAUCUCGUCAAUGAAGCGAGGGUGGAGGAAAAGACCCACCCCGGGGGAAGGAUUCUGGUUCUGUCGAGUGAUGGGGCCAAGCGAUGUGGACAAUUCUUGGUUGUAUUCAAUGCUCUGGAACAACUUACCAUGGAUACAGAGGUGGACAUAUUUACAAUCACAAGACAACUCCAAAUCCGACGGCCAGAGUUUAUAUCUUCUUUGGAAGAAUAUCAGUUUUGUUACGAGGCCAUUGCUGAUCAUCUCCAAAAUAACACAGUGUACGCGAAUUGCUGAGGACCAGUCAAAGAGAUUAUGACAUCAACCAGCCUUCCUCCAAAUAACAAUGGAAACACAUUGAAGAAUUAUUUCAUUCACUGGAGACCAGUACUAUAUAUGUACUGGUAUUAUUGACUCACCCGCACUUCACUUAUUGUAUUUGCUUGCUUCUUAUUAACUAUUCUUCCGCUUUUUCUUCUGCCUUAAAAUGUCCGCAGCCGUUGUCCGUAAGCAGUAGAUGAAAGUAUUAGAAACUCAAGGAUGUGAUAAGGCAAUAUAUUUAGUUGUGUAGAAAUGUUUUUGUUUUCAGAUUAAAUGGGGUUAAGUUAUAUUUUGGGGUUGGGUCCAACAUAUUGUUUGAUUGAUUGAUUGUAUCUUGCUUAACGUCUCGCUUGAGAAUUUUUCACUCAUAUGGAGACGUCAUCAAGACCGGUGAAGGGCUUCAAAUUUAGGCCUAUACUCGGCGCUUACGGCCAUUGAGCAGUGAGUGUUCUUUAGCGUGCCACACCUACUGUGACACGGAACAUCCGUUUUUAAGGUCAUCUCCGAGGACCCGUGACAUUCACACCUGAUGCCGAGCGUUUAUAUGUACUGGUAUCAUUAACUCACCCACACUUCACUUAUUGUAUUUGCUUGCUUUUUAUUAACUAUUCUUCCGCUUCUUCUGCUUCUGCCUUAAACUGUCCGCAGACGUUAUCCGUAACCAGGAGAUGAAAGUAUUAGAAAUUCAAGGAUGUGAUAAGCAAUAUAUCUAGUUGUAUAGAAAUGUUUUUGUUUUCAGAUUAAAUGGGGUUAAAUUAUAUUUUGGAGGUGGGUCCAACAUAGAACUAUGUUUGGAAAAAUUAGUUCCAAAAUUCAAGAGAUAUAACGUCUUUUUUUUUUUUAGUUUUAACAACGUUUAUUCAGGUAUAUAGUCAGGCUUUUACACAACCCUUACAACUCAACCUGACCAGAAGGUACAGGGUUUUAAGAAUUCCAACUAUUUCGCUCACACAUUCACACGGACAGACAUGCAUACUAAACGAUGGCUAGAAGUAAAGAAAGUAGAAAAAAUGACAAUGCACUCUGGCUGAGUUCAUAAAUAUCAUACUAUAAUAAUUAGCAAUCAGAUAUAUGAUGUAAUACCAAGGUUGUUAUUUAAUGAAAUACUACUUUAAACACAAUAUUGAUUGAAUAUACAUUCACCUCAUCUCUUACGAAGAAAAAUAAAAAAUUAUAACAAAUGUAUAUAAUCCUAAAAAAGAAGCAUUUUAGGAUAUUUUUGUUUUAACAUAGUUUACGUUAUGCUUGAGCUAAUGUUUCACAUAAUUUCCAUUUCUUUUCAAAUUGAUCUCUACAAUUAUAUUUACUUGCAAUUUGUUUUUCCACUCUGUAUACAUUAGUCCAAGUGGUUUAAAUGUACUCAAUGACAAACAAUAUCCUGUACAUUUGGUUAAGUAUAUACAAUGUUUCAGAUGGUUAUUUUCAAAGUUUACCAUUUUAAUUUUCGAACAUCCAAGGAUAAAAGUAUUCUUAUCAGUUAUAAUAUUGAAUGAAAAUGUUUCAAUAAACCAACAUUGUACACUUCUUUAAAAAAAAUACUGACUUUUUCACAAUCAUACACAAUGUGUUUCAAUGAUUCUCUCUCCUCUAAACAAAAAGUGCAUAAAUCGUUUCCAAUCAUUUUCAAAAAAGUGUUUGUAGUUAAAAUUAUAUGAUUUACUUGAUAUUGUAGCCAUUGUAAUUUAUUAUAUCUUGUGUUCAUAAAAACAUCCUUAUGAAUUCCUCUCCAUUCUUCACUAGAUAUUUCAAAUUGUUUAUCCCAUUUUCUUUGUCCAUUUGGUUUUUCUUUGCUACAAUUCAAUAUUUUGUAAAUUUUUCUAGUGUUGGUUUUAUCAUCUAGUAAAGGUAAAAUGUGUAAGGGAAUAGUUGGUUCUUGUUCUUUAAUCAGAUGAUCAAUAUUAAAAUCUUUCAUCAUUU